AUGACUGCAACUGAAUUAGUCAAAAACAUUGCUCGAAAAUCACACGAAUUGGAUCCAUGUACGAGAUCAAACUAUUCCUCAUUCAAUGUUAAUCACACAGAGUUGAAAUUGUCAGUCGAUUUCAGCAAAAAGAAAAUCGAUGGAGUUGUUAAAUACGACUUAACUAAUAAGAGCACCGCCUCAGCAACAGACGAAGUUGUACUCGACACAAGGGAUUUGACUAUCAAGUCCGUAAAAGUUAAUGGUGCUGAAGUCAACUCAUACGAAUUGUCCCUGGCUGUACCUAUUUACGGCUCGGCAUUACAUAUCCCCCUUGCAGUCAACGACGCAAAAGUCAAUACUACAAAGAAACUUGAUGUGGAGAUUGAAUUUGAAACAACGGAAAAAUGCACCGCAAUCCAAUUCAUCGAAGGUGAUACCGGUCCCUAUGUGUUUUCGCAAUGUCAAGCCAUUCAUGCUCGUUCACUUUUUCCUUGCUUCGACACCCCGGCAGUGAAGUCACCUUAUAAAUUCAUUGGCAUAUCUUCCUCAAAAGUCACCAUGUCUGGUCUUCCUCAACCAGAUAAUGGCACCACGGAUAAAUAUGUUUUUAGCCAGCCUAUUCCAAUACCAUCUUACCUCGUCUCCAUCACCUCGGGAAAUUUGGCCAAAGCUGCAAUUGGUCCCAGAUCGGAUGUUUAUAGCGAGGAGCCAAAUCUUGCUGCUUGUCAAUGGGAAUUUGAAAAAGAUAUGGAAAACUACUUGCAAAUUGCUGAAUCACUCGUUUUUGAUUACGAAUGGGAAAGAUUUGACUCAUUAGUCUUGCCAUCGAGUUUCCCCUAUGGUGGUAUGGAGAUACCGAAUAUGACGCAAUUGACACCUACAUUGAUUUGUGGAGACAGAACACAGACAAAAGUAAUGGCUCAUGAGUUGGCGCAUUCAUGGUCUGGGAACUUGGUGACAAAUUGUUCAUGGGAACACUUUUGGUUAAAUGAAGGAUGGACUGUAUACCUUGAAAGGCGUAUUGUUGGCGCUAUUGCUCAGCGUGAAGCUAGCGCUAGUGGUAAGAGCGCAGAAGAAGCUGAAAAAUAUGGUGAACAAAUGAGACAUUUCAACUUGAUUGGUGGAUGGAACGCUCUUGUUGAAACUUGUGAAACGUUUGAUCCAAAGUUUACCAAAUUGGUUUGGGAUUUGGAAAAUGGGGAUCCUGAUGAUGCAUUCUCAAGAAUUCCAUACGAAAAAGGUUCAUUUUUCUUGUUCAAAUUGGAAAACAAAUUGGGUGGAAAAAAGGAGUUUGAUCCAUUUGUGAAAUUCUAUUUCUCAAAGUUUAGGUACAAGUCCUUGAACUCUGCCGAGUUUGUUGAGACUUUGUACGAAUUUUAUGAGCCACGUGGUAAAAAGGAAAUAUUGGACUCUAUAAAUUGGGAAAGAGAACUUUUCGAGUCAGGUUUACCUGAUAAGCCCGAACUUGAUACCACAUUGGCAGAUGAAGUUUAUGCAUAUGGUGACAAAUGGGCUGAAUAUUUCGAAGCCGGAGAUUUCCAAAGCGUGCCGUUCAAUGAAACAGAUAUUGAUAGUUUUGAAGGUGAGCAAAACAUGUUAUUGCUUGAGUACCUUGCAGAUAAAUUCAAAGCUAUUGCUGGUGAUGCUUCUGUAUCGCCAGAGAUUAUAAAACAGUUUCCAAAAGUUUACCCUAAAUUUGCUAAUAGCAAGAAUGGUGAAAUUGUUUCCGCCUGGAACAAUUUGCUCUUGAGUUAUGGACAAUAUAAAUCUGAAGAUGCAGUCGUUCAAGAGUAUGCUGAGUGGCUUGGCCACACUGGUAGAAUGAAGUAUGCACGUCCAGGCUACAAAUUACUCAAGAAUGGUAUCAGUCGAGAUUUUGCAAUUGAAGUUUUCACCAAGUACAAGCAAUUCUAUCAUCCUAUUUGCAGAACCAUGAUAGAAAAAGAUUUAGACUUGGCAUAA